UGCUGUAGAUCACCGGUAGAAACAAAACUUAUGUUCCUUGUUUACACACAGACGGGACGAAACGCAAUUUAACGAAGCAGCACUAGAAGACUGCAAUUUAUGGAAUAUAUUGCACUUUCAUUUGCAUAUUCAAACACGACGUAAAGGCUGUAGUGCAGUCGGCCGUGUCGUUGCACAAACAGACUCCUGUUAGCUGUUUAGUUUGGCGCGUCUCUCGUUGUUAGAGAUGCUGUCGACCGGAGAUGUCCAAGGAUGUCUCCGUCAACUGGAAACCCUCCUGCGGGCGGUAAAGUACCCGGGAUAUGUCGACUACAAUGGCCUAUCCAAAGGAGAUCCCUCUGCUUUUCUACCAAUUGUGAGCUUCACCCUCACAUCCUUCUCUCCACCUUUUGCUAAGCAGCUAAUGGAGGCUGGACUGGAGCUGACUGGCAAAACUGACCUCCGAUUCACUGACACUCUCUAUAAGGUGCUGCGAGAUAUCUUCCACUAUAAACCCAUACUGACCAAGCAGCAGUUCCUCCAGUGGGGGUUCUCUCAAAGGAAAAUAUCUGUCAUCUGUGACAUCAUUAACUUGGUCCUGCAGAAACACAACCAGCUGAAGAAGCCAAGAGUCAGAUGUCCUGCCUCACACAAGGAUGACAGAGGAGAAGCUCAUCCAAUACUGACUGAUGCAGACACUGUGUCCAAGAGGCCUUUUGUUGUGAAUCUCAUAGAAAAGUCCUCCACUUUUCCUAAAAACUCCUCUGUGGACGAACUCUCCUCCCAUGAUGUAACCUGUGCCACUCAUAAUGAAGUGUACACCUACGAUUCUCCUGGAAAUGACAUCACAGAGCUGGCAGGACGCGAGGGGGACAAGGAAAACCUUCUUUACCGGAUGGAAACAAAACCGGGGCUGACGUGGUUCUACAGCUUGCUGUAUACAUUUUUUGCAUUGAGGAAAAACAAAAGCAGAAGGCUGAAAGCUGGAUUAGAAAAAGCCUGGGGAUGUCAACACGGGUUCUCUAUUCUUCAGCGAGAAUUGGAGUCAUCAGAGGUAGAGGGAAGGCUCUCAGCACUGGAAGCUCAGCUCGGGAGUCUUCAGUCUGGGAUGGACAGGCUCAAUAUCCUGGAGAAACACCUGGAGAAACUAAACAAACAAAGAAUCACAGACAAGAAUGAAGGAGAAGUCAUCACUAUAUCCAGAGAGAGCUGGGAAAAUCUGAUGAGCAGAGUGCUGUUAUUGGAGACUAAACUAGAUCUGAAUAUACAGUUAAGUGUCCCGCUGCCAUGUCCGUCAUCUGAUUCCUCCUUUUCUUGCACCAUGUCUGAUGAUUCAAAGGAGAACCUCAAGGACAGACUAGAGAAGAUCACCAACCUGUUGAAGAGCACCUCAAGUGUGCUGAAGAACACAUAAUCUACCACAACACUCUAAAUAUAUUAUGGAAAAUUAUCGUCAGUUUAGUUUGGGUUUAAUUAAAUAUUACAGCACAUUCUUAAUGCACUUUUCUGUUGUUUUGGAUUCACUGUUGGAUCACCGUGAUCUUCCUACAAAGCUAUCUGAACUUUAGACUGUUGGAGCUUUUAAGUCAAGUGAAAUGACAGAAUGAAUGUCCAGGAAUAAAGACCUUGCUGAUAAGAGUACAGUCAAUGAUUUUCUAAAUAUUACAAAUAGCUACACAAAUCUUAAAACUGAAGGCGCUUGUUUGAAUUGUUUUUCAUUUACUACUUUUCUUUUUACAAUUGAUAACUCCUUCCCCAAUAUUGUGUUUCAUCGGUCCAACAGAAGUCAAUGUUAUCUACACUGUGGACCACUUUUAUAUUUUGAAUUUAUGUUGUAUAGCCCAACAUCACAACUCCUCUUUCACAGGACCCUCACAUCGGAACAAGAAAUUAUUUUACCAGCCGUAUUUAUAGUGAUCUGAACAGAAGAUUACCAGAGGCAAAUUAAUGCAGUAGUUGAUAUUUAUGCAAGUUGUUUUCAUUCUUUUAAACUUUGAUAAUAACUAUUGGGUUAUAACUAAUGUAUUUUACCAAAGUCGUAUUACACUGGUCAGCAAAACGUCCACAAGAUGUAAUUUACAACUGUGAUUUUAGUUCCUUCACCUUUCUCUUGCUCAGCUCCUUUUUCAGAGGGAAGUCGGUGUCGUAGUCUGAUAAACAAGUGCCGCUCCACAUUUCUUUUAUUUGGAAUAGUGAUGGUAGCUUGGCAGACAAAACAAACGAAUGGACAGAAGCAAUAGAUGUCAUGUGUACAGCAUUACAGAGUUACAACACAUUCAAUAAAUAUGACAUAAAUUAUCAAUAAUGAGAGUAGAAAAAUAAUGGAAAAAAUACAAUUACCAAUAAUAAAAGCAAUAGUAGAUUAAUGAUGAUAAGAAAAUCAGUAAUGGUAUUGGCAAUAGUAUUAGCAAUCCAACUAAUAAUAAUAAUAAUAACAAUAGUAGCGGAGAGAGGAGCUCAGUGUAUCCCAGCAGUCUCGGCCUAUAAGCAGCAUAUCUAGGGGCUGGACCAGGACAAACCUGAGCCCACCUAACUAUAAUAGUUAUCAAAAAGGAAAGUCUUAAGUCUAUAUACUCUUUGAAGGUAUCAUCGGUCGGGAUACUCAGCCUAGGACUUCCGGCGCGACGUGAUCAAGCAAAAAAAAAAAAAUUGUGAAUUGUUUUUAUCGUCUGCAUUGUGCUAAUAAUAGCAUAUCAUUUUAGAGAAACCAUACCAUUUCUCAGUUGAAAGCCAAUAUUGCAAACCCAGAUGAAAUAUAAUCUAAAUGUGAAUGUUUAAUCAACGUUUUCAAAUAGAUGGUUCAAAGACUGGUUUUAAAGUAUUUUCACCGUUACCCUAGUCGUUUAUUGAACGUCUGUUAAACAGAAAAUAUGUUCACUUGUUAAGCUCAUCUGCUCAUUAUUACAACAAUCGAAAUAUCCAAAUGGUAUCUGGUGGUUUUGGGACCCAGCUAACUUAUCCAAGGGGACAUUAAAGCGUGAAAUCAACCUUUUCCUCAGGAUUCCACAAAAUACACAGCUAGCUAGCUAAAUGUCCAUCCUUCACAGGUAAGGCUCAUUAUGUCAAUGGUGUGUGACUGCUUUUUUGUAUCCAGCCUUGUUUUUUAUUAGAAAUGGCCUCAUUGUAUCCAGAAUAACUUAAUACUUAAACCAGGCCACAACAAAAUGUUUUCUAUACAUUUGUUGUCUUUGUCUUUCGUUCUUUGUUGUUGUGUUUUUGUCAGAUGGGCAUUAUGUUGUGAGACCAAAUGGAUCAGUCUAUCAUUUUGUUGUUUGAAAUGUAAACAAAAGAACCAAAUUAUGACCUUAACAUCUAAGAAAUUAUUUCUUAUUUCUUGAUUGGCGCACUGCACCAAGGUUUUUAGAUGCGGUGUGGAAAGGCUCAUGGAGGAAGAUGGGUUUGUGACUUGAGAUAAAAGACCCUUUAUACUGCCCUCAA